AUGGCCACUACUACAAGAGGGAGUAAUUUCAGUGUUUCAGAUGUCUCCAGGUCUGAGGUGGACCAGACUAAUGAGAAGAUCCUGACCAUGAUCACCUAUGUUGGUUGUGGAGUCUCCUCACUGUGCUUGGGAAUCACUGUUCUCACUUACACAGCUUUUGAAAAGCUUCGUCGAGACUACCCCUCUCAGAUCCUCAUCAACCUCUCCCUGGCACUGCUGGGCUUGAACCUGGUGUUUCUGGUCGACUCUUGGCUGUCCUCCUGGGGACUGUAUGGCCUCUGCGUGGCCGUAGCGUACACGCUGCACUACUUCCUCCUGGCGUCAUUCACCUGGAUGGGGUUAGAGGCCGUGAACAUGUAUUUGGCACUAGUGAAAGUCUUCAACGUCUACGUGCCCUCUUACAUGCUCAAGUUCUGUGCUCUGGGAUGGGGGAUCCCUCUGGUGAUCUGCACCCUGGUGCUCAUUGUGAACAGAGAGGCCUAUGGCAGUCAGCUCUACACAGAUGCUCAGCCCAGCUUAAAGCCACUGGACAACUCUGACAACUUCUGUUGGCUCCAGGACGACGUGACAUUCUACGUGUCUGUGGUCGCCUAUGCCGUGCUGGUCUUUCUCUUCAACCUUGCGGUUUUUGCAGUGGUUCUGAUCCAAAUUCGCCACAUGCGAGUCAACAGCCCAGCUGGCAUCCGCAGUGGACUGAUGCAUGACCUGAAGGGUGUUGCCAGUCUCACCUUGUUACUGGGACUAACGUGGACUGUUGGCUUCUUUACCUGGGGACCAGCCAGAAUAGUUCUGCUGUACCUUUUCUCCGUACUCAACAGCCUGGAAGGACUUUUCAUCUUCCUCUUCCACUGUCUGAUGAAGGAAAAUGUCAGGAAACAGUGGAGGAUCCACCUCUGCUUUGGAAGUUCCGACUUGAAGAGCAAUCUGAGUGGAGCAACUCCCCAUCAGCUGGAGUCAUGGCCAAGCCAGGAUCAGAUCCUCCCAGAGCAUCAGUAUCAUGGGUCCACUCCAGUUCCAGCUCCACAGACAGCACUUCAGCUCCCUCCAACUCCAGCGAGGGAGACUCAUCCUACACAAGGCCAAACCUGGGCCUUUUUGUGAAUUCUUUGGUUCUCCCUCGAGCCUAGAGAAGACCCUCAGGUACACGAGCUCUGCCUUCCCGCAGGGGGAUGAACUCGACACCUGGCUGGAGGAAUCGCUUGCUCGGCCAGCAAGAACAAAGAUAAAACAC